CAGUUGAGUCCUUCUGUGUGGACGACCAUACAGACUUAUGUUGUUAUCAUCACAGGGCAUGUGAAUAGAGAGCACUUCAGCCCUCGAGUGUGUGCUGGCCAACUGUGUGUGUGUGUGAGUGUGUGUGUACUGCAUUUGUGUGGAUGUAAGUCCUCUCACAAGCUCCAGAAAAAUGGGAUCAUGCGCUCAGUAGCUAUUUAAGCUGAGAGAGCGGCAUCGAGCGCCUCUGUUGGGGGGGUACAGUUCAUCAGAGAGAGAGAGGAGCAGCAUGCAGAGUCAGAGCAUGUGGAGAGCCGCUCUCCUAGUGAUGACCCUCGGUGCCACCGUAACACUGGCCCAGUUUCCCCGGGAGUGUGUCACACCCGAGGGGCUGCGGAGUGGCCAGUGUUGCCCGUCACCCACCGGAGCGGCGGGGGACGAGUGUGGUUCCAGCGUGGGCAGGGGGCAGUGUGUGGCCAUUGCUGCAGACAACCGACGUCAUGGACCCCAGUACCCUUACGAUGGUCGAGAUGACAGAGAAAGAUGGCCGCUGAGAUUCUUCAAUCGCACGUGCCAAUGCAAUGGGAAUUUUACUGGCUACAACUGUGGUCGAUGCCGACACGGGUUAACGGGAUCGAACUGUGACCAGAGGGUGUCUGUGGUGAGGAAGAACAUCAUGCUCAUGAGCUCAUCUGAGAAGCAGGCUUUUGUAAACGCGUUGGACCAGGCGAAGAGGACCAUUCAUCCUGACCUGCUCAUCUGCACAAGACGGUACCAGGAGGUGUUGGGUCCUGAUGGCAACAGCCCACAGUUUGAGAACAUUACUAUUUACAACUACUUUGUUUGGAGCCACUACUACUCUGUCAGCAAAACCUUCCUGGGCCCCGGCCAGAGCAGCUUUGGAGGUGUUGACUUCUCCCAUGAGGGUCCAGGCUUUGUCACCUGGCACCGUUUUCAUCUGCUACAACUUGAGAGAGACAUGCAGGACAUGCUUGGCGACCCAACGUUCGCCCUGCCGUACUGGAACUUUGCCAUUGGAGGCAGCGAUUGUGACAUCUGCACAGAUGACCUGAUGGGCGCCAGGAACAGUUUUGAUGUGAACUCCAUCAGCCCCAACUCCAUAUUCUCCCAGUGGAGGGUCAUCUGUGAGAGUGUGGACGACUACGACUCUCUGGGCACGGUGUGCAACAAUACAGAAACCAGUCCCAUCAGGAGAAACCCAGCGGGAAAUGUAGCUCGACCCAUGGUACAGAGACUGCCAGAGCCCCAGGACGUGUUGGACUGUCUGCAGCUCAAUGCCUUCGACACACCACCUUAUUACUCCACCUCCUCAGAGAGCUUCAGGAACACUAUUGAGGGCUACAGCGCCCCGCAGGGGACGUACGACCCGGUGGUCCGCAGCCUCCAUAACUUGGCGCACCUCUUUCUCAACGGAACCGGGGGUCAGACACAUCUCUCCCCUAAUGACCCCAUCUUUGUCCUGCUGCACACCUUCACCGAUGCCAUCUUCGACGAGUGGCUUCGCAGACACCAACCAGGUGAAGUGGUGUACCCUGAGGAGAACGCCCCUAUUGGGCACAACCGGAUGUUCAACAUGGUUCCUUUCUGGCCGCCUGUCACCAAUGCUGAGAUGUUUGUUUCUGCCCCAGAAAAUUUGGGUUACUCCUAUGAGGUGCAGUGGCCAGCUCGUGCAUAUACCGUGUCUGAGAUCAUCACCAUAGCUAUUGUUGCUGCAGUACUGGUGGUGGCAGUAGUGGGCGGCGUCAUUGCCUGUGCUGUGCGCGCCCACUCCUACAGAUCAGCUGAGGGUUUGGAGCCUCUGCUGGGAGAAACAUUCAGAAGGUACUCAGAGGAUGACCGAAGAUUUGCCAAAUCCCAGUCUGAUGUCUAAACACGUCUUCAACAUUUUCAUGCUUUUAUUUUCUUUCUUUUUUCUAAAGCUGAUGACUUAUAAUAAAAAAUUAAACUGUUAAAAAAUAGACUCAAUGUCAAUAUAACUGAUGUUCAUACUGAGUGUGGUGAAGAAAGAUUAACUGGGCGACCUUCAAAAGUGAACAGAUUGGAUUUGAUUCUCCGGAAAAGUCUCCGUACUAGAUGAGAUUUUAAAUACAGUAAAUAUGUCAACGUUGACGUUGAGCAACACAAGUGGACACUAGAGUGAUCACACGAGAUGAGCCUGGUCGCACUCAACCUCUGUGAAUAAACGGUUUCAAAACAAUCAUAGAAUCACUUUGACGUAGAGGAGAUCAAACUACAUUUCAGUCUGAACAGAAACAAACGUCUCUUAUACACAGAUGUGUUGGAAACAUGAGAACUGGACAUG